UUUAUUCUACUAUACCUAUUGACAUUUCAUUGUCGUGUGUGUGUCGGUCGCGUGUGAGACGCAUUGACAUUUGAAUUAUUUACAUUCAGAGGGUUUCAAAGUUUAAUUUGUAUCGCUGAUGGAUGAUUUCAGAGUUCUUGAAUUAUUCAGUGGAAUUGGCGGAAUGCAUUAUGCACUCAAAUCAAGCCAAAUUCCAGGAACUGUUGUUGCGGCUGCCGACAUAAACACCAUCGCCAACGAUGUUUACAGGCACAAUCAUCCCGAUAUCAAAGUGUUGAACAAUAACAUACAGAAAUUUACGCCUGAAUUCAUCCGUACGUUAAAUGUUAAUACCAUUCUCAUGUCACCGCCAUGCCAACCAUUCACAAGGGUCGGUAAUCAAAUGGAUGUAGAAGACCGACGAGCAGAUCCAUUCGUUCACAUUUGUCAGAUCUUGCCGGAGCUGAAGUGCAUCGACUGGAUUUUAAUGGAAAAUGUGAAAGGCUUCGACACAUCCAAGGCAAGAGAAAUGUUUGUCGAGUCGUUGAGGCAAUCAGAAUUUCACUAUCAAGAAUUCAUUUUGAGUCCGACGCAACUGGGAAUACCGAACAGUCGUCAUCGGUAUUAUUGUUUGGCGAGAAGAUCGAAAGCAUUCACAUUCGCCAGUGAAAGGAUUCUGACGUCACUGCCUUCAGCGGACACCAUGGUACCUGAUGUGCAACAGAUAUCGCAAUUUAUUUCGUCAGUGGAUGCAAAUGGACUUCCGCUUCCCGAAAAGGUCCUGCAAAAAUAUUUUUCCGUGCUGGACAUCUGCUAUCCGGAUUCGAUUAAUUCAAUGUGCUUCACGAAAGCCUACACACACUACGCUGAGGGCACUGGAUCCGUUUUUUGUCCAUUAGACCGAAAUGCUGUCGAUAAGUGCUGCAGUCAGCUUGAACUCAUUUUUGACGACAAGACGACGGUAGAUCUGCUAAAAUCGUUGCAGUUGCGUUAUUUCACCCCAGCUGAAGUGUCGAGGCUAAUGUGCUUUCCAGAAAAUGAUUUUUCGUUUCCCGAGAAAAUUUCGAAUAAAAGCCGCUACAGGCUGCUGGGAAACAGCAUCAAUGUUCUUGUUGUUAGUGAAUUGAUUAAAUUGCUGUACGAAGAUUGAAAAA